AUGCUGGAGGGCGGUGGUCAAAUUCUUCGCAAUGCGUCCGCAAUGGCCGCCAUCACCGGCGUCUCAGUGGCAGUUGACCGCAUCCGCGCCAAACGGACCAGGCCUGGGCUACAGCCGCAACACCUCACAGGUCUAAAACUUGUGGAGGCCUUAUGUGGUGGCCACCUCGAAGGUGGGCAUGUGGGCAGCAGCAAUAUCAUCCUGCGACCAGGAACGCUUCCCUGCUGUGGGGGCAGCAGCUUUAGCGCCGACACAAAGACUGCGGGUAGUUGCACGCUAAUGCUGCAGGUGCGCGAGAAAUUGUGCGAGAGGACGCAGAAGCUGAUCCUCCGGGGCGGCACAGACGCGGACAUGGCUCCCCCUAUCGCCUACCUGACUGACGUACUAAUACCGUUGCUCCGGAACCUGUACGGCGAUCUAUUGGAGUGUUUGGAUAUACGGCGAGGCUUCUACCCACGUGGCGGCGGAGUGGUCACAGCCAGUGUGCCCGGUCUUCCUGAGGGAGUCCCCCUGCCCCCCCUGGACCUCACCCGCAGAGGAAACCUUUCCCAGGUUGUGGUCAAGACCUUCACCGCUGGCCGUGUGGGGGCGUCGGUGGCUAAACGGAUGGCGGCCUCGGCGGAGGCGGCUGUACGGCGGACGCUCAAGGACCUGGGACCCACGGGUCGGGGAGUGCCGGUGCUGGUCGAGACCGUCCACGAGCCGCCGGAUCGGGCCGUAGGUGACGGCUGCGGCGUGCUGAUCUUUGCUGACACGGACACGGGAUGUCGGAUAGGAGCGAGCGCCAAGGGCGAGCGGGGGGUACCAGCAGAGGAGAUCGGGGAGCGUGCGGCGGCGGAGCUUGCAGAGGCGUUGACCAGCGGCACGUGCGUCGAUCAAUGGAUGCAGGACCAGCUCAUCAUCUGGAUGGCCUUAGCCUCCGGAACCUCCCGCGUUCGAUGCUCCGAACCCACGUUGCAUACACGUACAGCCAUGGUGGUGGCGGAACAGCUCCUACCCGGCGUCAAGUUCGUGCUGCACCGACCCACGGGUCACAGAGGCCAGACGGGAACGAUGGCGACGGCUUCGGCGGUAGAGGCGGAGCCGGCAGGGCCGCAACCGGAUACCCACAGCAGCAAAAGAGGCGGCGGGACCACCUCUGCGGCCAGGCAGAAUGGCGGUGCUGGCGAUGGCGAAGGCGGUGGUGCCAGUGAUGGGUUGUGGCUGAUCGAGUGCACCGGAGCGGGUUGGACAGUCGGCAGACGAUUUGGAGGUUGACUGGUGUAAUAGAUAUGUACAGGACAGGGUCUUUCUACGAAGAGAGAGACGCAUCGCAAGCCCGCCUCGGGCUGCUUGCUACAAUGUUCCUUAGAAAACUGCACUUUUUGUAAAAGCGGGGGUGCUGGGGGUGCGGUGUCCGUGAUGUAAAGCUGUGAUCUAUAGCUUGAUCUAAAGCUUUAAUCUAAAGGCUUGGUCUACAAUGUUGUAACCCUAGAGCAGGUCG